GUUGUGGCCCAUUAUUUUAUCAGUGACACAUCCCAAAAAAUUAUAAAUAAAUAUAAAACAGGCAAAAAAAGAGAAGAGAGUAAUAAAAUCCCGAAUUUUGAAAAGGUAAAAAAGGGCGUAAAAGGAUUCCCAUAGCCUGCAAGCUGCACUUCAUCUUAAUCAGAGCUCACCUUUCUGAAAUAUUUAACUAUUGAUCCAAUCAUCACGAUGAGGCUCGCAGCUAUGUUUUCGAGGGCAGUAAGGCUUUCGCUUGUCAAGCUACCGUCUCCGCCGCCUGCGGCGGUGGCGGCGCCGAAACCCGUCAGACGCUUCUCCACCGGAAGAGGCGCCUUCACGCCCAACCCGGUCGCCCUUGAGAUGAUAAAAUACGCCGCAUCUCUCGCUCGCGAGCAGAAAACAGAGGAAUCGUAUGCGCGAGGUUUACUGGUACUGGAGCAGUGCGAGUCGAUUCAGCCCGAUGGAAAUUCCAAGGGUUUGGUUGAGCUUGCUCGUGCGACGUUGUUGUGUGAAAAGGGGUCCCAUGAGAGAGCUAUUGAGGGAUUAGGAAAAAUUCAAGAUUUAAACCUGUCCUCUAUUGCUAUUAAAGUUGCUGCUUCUGAAGCUCUGGUGGGAAUUUAUCUAGAACAUUAUCGAGAGGAUGCUGCAUCAGCAGUUGCUGAUUUGGCUCUGCAAACUUUAGAAACAAUCAGACUAGAAAUCGGUGAUGGGGGUGGGUUUGAGGUUCUGGAGGCCCGCAUCAGGGCACUAAAAGGUCUUAUCGAGCUUAUAUGCGGUAAUCUUGAUUCGGCACAGUCAAUCUUUGAGGGUGCUCAUGGAGAGGGAUAUUUUGUUGGCAAUGCUAAUGCUGCCCUGUGUUACGGUGAAUAUCUUCAUGGCACACGGAAAUUUUCGAGUGCGAAGAAGUUGUAUACAACAGUAAUUCAGUCUUUGUCUCAGAUCAAGGAUUUUUCUGACCCGAACAACUUUGGAGCUUGUAACAUGACCUCAGAGGAGGUUUCAAUUGCAGCUGCUUGUGCAUUAGGACAGCUCGAGGCUCAUAUGGGAAACUUUAGUGAUGCAGAGGAGAUUCUUACUGCAGCACUGAAGAAAAUGGAAGAACACUUUGGCCCUCAUCAUCCCAAGAUUGGUGUCGUUUUGACCUGCAUUGCACUCAUGUAUCGACUGAAAGCAACUGCCGAGCGCUCGAGCUCCCUUUUGGUUCAAGAGGGGCUUUUCAGAAGGGCACUCGAGUUGCUUAAAGCUCCUCCAUUGGAUGUUGAUGGUGCAAGUGAAAAUAUUCGCAGAAAGGAUAUAAUUACACUUGCAAGAGGUGGAUAUGCAGAAGCACUUGCAGUGCAACUGUCGAGAAAAGUAGAAGCUGAGAAGUUGAGAAAAUGGGCGGAGGGUUGUUGGGGAAAUCGAUGGAUUCCACUUGGAGAGGCACUUGAACUAACCGAAACUUCAGCUAAGUUCUUAGUCAUAGAUACUCGGAUAUGUCGGGCAGUCUAAUUUUCCGUGUGUAUAUAUGUACGUCAAACGGCUUCAUAAUUUGCAGUUUUUGCAUCUCUUGUAGAAAGCUAGACUCCAAUAAGCCAAAAUCUGUAUUUUGGAUGUACCAAAACUAAAACAGUAUUACAUACUGAUAAAUUCAAUUCCAGUAAAUUAUGGUGAAAGAUUAAUAACAGAAUCAAUUGAAAUUUCAUUUUGCAAAAUACAUAAAACGGAGAUCAUAUGAUGAUUUUGAAUGAGCUUUUACACAUUAACCCUCAAUACAACAGUCCAAUUUAUUAUUCCUACACUCACCAAAACAAACACAGAAAAUUACAUGAAAAUCAGCAAAAAUGAAGAAUAAUUUUCAGUUCAUAUCCCACAAACCAAGUUCUUACAUCUUCCUCUUUCGACCUGAUUUCAGCUCAAAAAGGUCCACUUUCAACACGGUCACAGGGCUUAAAGGGCCAUGCCAGUAAUUUUUCACACGAACGAACCUUUCGUGAUCUUGCACCAUUAGUUUCGCUAUCAUCCUUCGACACUUGAUCAAAUCAUCCUUAUGAUCUUGAGGGAUGAAAGCUUCUAUAUUUGCAAGUGGAGCCAUUUUUGUAGAUGGCAAUAAAUGUUCAACUGUACUUCUCACUGCAGAUGUUGCCACAACACAAUGCUUGAACUCCAAGAACUCAGGAUCUGAAUG